AUGACCUUCAUAGGGCAGUCGGCCCCAGACGUAAGGAGAACAUUGCAGAAGUUGGAGGCCCCCACCGCAGAGAGCCUAGAGAAACUGAUUCAGUUGGCCUUCACUGCAUAUGCGUUCCAAGAUGAGGAAGAAGAGGAGGAGGAGGAGGAGAAGAAAAUGCACCAUCAGCCCCUGGUGGAGUUGGAAAUUGGGGGAAAGUUAUGUAAAUUCUUCAUUGAUACGGGGGCAACUUUCAGUGUCCUCUGUGACGCUCCUUCCCAAGCAUAUUCGGGAUGUCAGGUUCCCAUGACCGGGAUAUCGGGAGAAGAUUGGCAAGCCAUCGUGACCACCCCCUUGCCAGUGGAGGGCCCAGGAAUUCCGCCCCGAAUGGAUCACCCCUUCCUAAUACUGCCUGAGUGUCCCGUGAACCUCUUGGGCUGGGACCUACUCACUAAAUUACAAGCAACUGUCUCCUUUUCCCCUAACGGGUCCGUUUUGACCUUUGCUCCUGAUCAGUCUUAUGUGCUCUUCCUGGGUAAAGGGGGCAGAGCAAGCUUGGCCCUAGAUGAAUUACUGGUGGAUUCGAAUAUUUGGUACUCCGGAACCCCUGGAUUCGCCAAAUUCGCUAUCCCCCACCAGGCUAAACUGUUGCCUGGGGCCCUGCCUGUUGCCAUCCAGCAAUAUCCCAUUUUGCAAAAUGCUAGGAAAGGGAUUCAGCCCCUCAUUUCCUUGUUUCAACAAACUGGAUUACUAGUAGUGUGUGAGUCACCAUGGUCCACCCCUAUUUUUCCAGUUCCUAAUCCUGAUGGAACCUGGAGGUUUGUCCAGGAUCUGAGGGAGGUAAACACCUGAGUGGUUCCCCUCCACCCCGUGGUUGCCAACCCAUAUACCAUUUUGACCACCCUAACCAGGUCACAAGUCUGGUAUAUGGUGAUAGAUUUAAAGGAUACAUUCUUUUGCAUCCCCCUAGCUCAGGAGAGCCAGCCUUUGUUUGCCUUUGAAUGGCAGGAGCCCUAUACCCACCAGACCACUCAGUUGACCUGGACCCGGUUACCCCAGGGAUAUAGGAAUAGCCCCACAGUGUUCACAGUGGCCUUAAGCUGAGAUCUUGCAGAGUUCUCGGCUGCCCCAGCCUCCCUCCUCCAGUAUGUAGAUGACCUGCUACUAGCAGCUGAGAUGAGAGAGGUAUGCACCCAAAUUGGGAUUGGAUUUCUGAACCAUCUGGCUGAGUGAGGAUACACAACCUCCAAGGGAAAGACCCAAUGGGUUACCCAGGAGGUUCAGUACUUGGGAUAUGUGAUAAAACAGGGCUUUCGCUCUCUACACCCUAGUCACUUAAAAGCGGUGGCAGCCUUACAAGAGCCCCAAAACCUCAAACAGCUGAGAUCAUUCCUGGGUGUUACUGGGUUUGCUCAUCUGUGGAUACCCGGCUACUCCCUGAUGGCUAAGCCCUUGUACGGCUUGACUCAAAAGGAUGUGGCAUGGGAUUGGACGGGAAAGCACAGACAGGCCUUGGCUGACCUUAAAAAGGCAUUAGCUCAAACAACAGCCCUUGUGCUUCCAGACCAGAGCCGACCCUUUUCUCUCUAUGUUACCGAACGACGAGGGUAUGCCCUGGGGGUGUUGAUCCAACACCUGGGGGCGGAGCGGUUGCCCGUGACCUAUUUGUCAUGGACUCUGGACCCGGUGACCCUUGGUUGGCCCGCUUGCUUAAGGGCUGUGGCGGCCACAGCUAUUCUGAUCCAGGAGGCCCGGAAGAUAGCUCUAGGAGUGCCUAUGAGGGUGUACAGCCCCCACUCAAUAGCCACCCUGUUGGAACAGAAAUUACCUGCCUGGGCUACUGUGGCCCGGGUAUCCAAAUACACGAGCUUGAUCCUAGAGCAGGAGAACGUUUCCCUGUGCCGCACCAAUCAAUUCAACCCCGCCACUUUGCUGCCUGUACCUGAAGCGCCGAGCCAGUCACACAAUUGCCUCCAGGCCCUCGAGACCGUGGUGGGCAUCCGCCCAGAUCUAGUCACGGAACCCCUCGAACGGGCGGAUGGGUGUCUAUGGACUGACGGGUCAUCGUUCGUGGAAAAUGGAGUUCGUCACAUAGGCUUCGCCAUCGUUACUGAAGAUGGCUUGCUGUAUGGGGAAAAGCUGCUGACCCAUUUCUCUGCCCAAGCGGCCGAACUGUUGGCACUCAUCAAGGUGUGCGAGCUAUCUGAGGGAUUGCGAGUGACCAUUUUUGUUGAUAGCCGCUUUGCCUUCCUGGCGGCCCAUACGCAUUGUGCUUUGUGGAAGGCCCGGGGUUUCCGUGGGCCUGAUGGGAAGCCAUUGAAAUUCAGGAUCCUACUGGAGGAACUUAUGAGUGCAAUACGAAGACCAAAAGAACUGGCCAUUGUCCAUUGUCGUGGCCAUCAGGCAGGGGACUCUUGGGUUGCAAAAGGCAACUGGGCAGCUGACUUUUUUGCAAGGCAGAUGGCCCAUGAAGGAACUACCCAAGAAUCCCAGCGGAUCCUGUCACUCCUCUCUUCCUUCCCGCACGAGGACCUCCCACCUCUUUAUGAUCAGCACGAUGUUUUAGAAAAGGGAGGCCGAUGGGAGAAAGGGUGGUUGCCGCUGCAUUACCUCUCCAACAUCUGUCAUCCAUACCGUGUGUGCCCCCUGGAUCUUGGGUUCGAGUGA